CAGACUUUGAAGUCAAGAACGCUGUCACACAAGAGACAACCGUGAACAAGGGUCAAAGAGAACGAUUCAGUACCUUAAAAAGAUUUGUUCGAAAACCCAAGUUCGUUCAUAAACACCAAUAGGGCCCCAACCCAUUUUGUAUUUUACCGAGGUGUGGUUUUAAUCCCGCCUCACUUUUGAAGGGUGUAAACCGACGGAAACUACACUACUCACAAGCCCGGAAAAGAACGGUUUCGUUGCGACUACUCCGGAGUCGUGGACAGCUGUGCUUGUUACGUCAAGAACAAUGGCAGAAUUUGUUAAAGCGCAAAUUAAGGGUGACAAAGUAGUUGUGUUCUUGAAGCCGACCUGUCCUUACUGCAUACUCGCUAAGGAUGUUUUGUCGAAGUAUAAAUUGAAAAGUGGACACUUGGAUUUGAUUGACAUCAGCGGACGCAGUGACAUGGGCAGCAUACAAGACUGUCUUCAACAGAUCACAGGCGCCCGCACCGUUCCUCGGGUCUUCAUAGGGGAACAGUGUGUUGGAGGAGGAAGUGACGUCGACAGUCUGGACCGUUCUGGAAAACUGGAAGGCAUGUUGCAGGCAAUCGGAUCUCUGCAGUGAAGGGCGUCAAGAAGGGGUCACAUGAUGCUGCAGCGAGACUUGCGGAUCUGCCGCCUGCGUUGCUGGUACUCGCUGAGCUCCUGUAGGUAACCUCUGGAGGGCCAGCGCAGUCGCUCCACCUGCUCGCGCUCCUCGUCUGUCAAAAAAGCAUCAUCGGGAAAUAUUGUUACAACAUUCCCUCCUGCUGAAUGCCAGUGCAUUUAAACAAAGCAUUAUAUCCAUCCACCAGAUUUUUUUUUAUCUUGUUCUUCAAUUGAAAUAUUGGCUGAAAAUAAUGUAAUUGUCUCUUAUAUGUGUUUCUCAUUGAGUGUAUUUUAAAAAAGAAAAGAAAUUAGAAGAUCUUA